CUACACACACACACGCACACACAUACAUCUACACACACACACACAGACACACACACGCACGCACGUUGGUUACCUCAGAGCUAACAUAGACCCCGUUACGGCGCGAAUGUAGGCCAAGCCAGCAGUUCUAACUUUCACUCUUACUGGCGGAGCGUUGCGGGGCGGGACCACAGUCGUAGCCGAGGGAGCCAACAGUGUGUGUGUUGCUCACCGCCAUGUGCGCCGUUUCUGCCGUGUGCUCUCCCAGUGCUUACUAUAUUACAGCCUACUAGUGAACCAGUGAUACCAGUGAUACUCUCAGUGCGUACACCUUGCCUCCGAGUUGAGAAUUAUUUAUUUGUAGUGGUUUGUGCGAGAUGCUCUCAGAGAUGGAGCUUCCAAUAUCAGUGCAGAAUUUCAACUUGUCUCCCCAGUUUGGGCAGUUGACAAUCUCUGCUGCUCCCAUGACCGUAGACAUGAGUGGUCAGGGAGUGGGCAUUGCUACUAGUGCCCUCUCGCCCACCUAUACACACAUUACCACCGGUGGAGGGGUGGUUAACUCAACCGUGUCUACCAACACUAUUACCAGUAAUGUUAUCAGUAACAAUAACAAUUCCUUGUUGACCCCAACACUAAUGGACUCUGGUUUGUUUCCCGGUGUAGCCACCACCACGCUGGACUACACCUCGCUGUCGGACAUGCCAGACACAAAGGAGGGCAUCGAGGAACUGUGUCCGGUGUGCGGGGAUAAAGUGUCUGGCUACCACUACGGCCUCCUCACCUGCGAGUCCUGCAAGGGCUUCUUCAAGAGGACGGUACAGAACAAGAAGGUGUACACUUGUGUGGCUGACCGAUCCUGCCAGAUAGACAAGACUCAGAGGAAGCGCUGUCCUUACUGCCGCUUCCAAAAGUGCCUCGAAGUCGGCAUGAAACUUGAAGCUGUUCGUGCUGACCGUAUGCGAGGAGGAAGGAAUAAGUUUGGUCCCAUGUACAAGAGGGACCGAGCACGAAAAUUACAGAUGCUCCGACAGCGACAACUGUCUCAUCCCGGGAUCCUGCCUGGCGGCCGGCACCCGACCACCUCCGGUGUGGCCUCACCUACUCCACCCCGGGCUACUCCUCAGCGCCCUCACAUGUACACAUCAAAGAAGAAAUACAGAGUCCCUUCCUGUCAUCGUCCACGUCAUCGCCCGACUCGUCUCCGUCCCCCAUGGGGGCUGGGCGGGUUAGUGGCGGCCUCCAGCGGCACCAGUGGCUUAGUAGCCUCUGGACCCGUAGCGCCCAUCAUUGCCGGCCCCGACCCCACCCUCUGGGUUACCAACACUCAGUCCCCAGCCGCCGGGGUAACCACAGGUGCGCCGCCCUCGGGUGGCGUGGGCGGCGGGGGAGGCGGAGGACGUGCAGCUACGGGUGGCCCCAGGGUGCCCCUAAUGAUCCGCGAGCUGGUAGAGACCGUGGACGACCAGGAGUGGCAGGCCUCCCUCUUCUCCCUCCUCCAGAACCAGACCUACAACCAAUGCGAGGUCGACCUCUUCGAGCUCAUGUGUAAAGUGCUCGAUCAGAACCUUUUCGCUCAAGUCGACUGGGCGCGCAACUCUUAUUUCUUCAAAGAUCUCAAGGUUGAUGAUCAAAUGAAGCUGUUACAGCACUCUUGGUCAGACCUGCUCAUCUUGGACCACAUACAUCAACGUAUUCACAACAGGCUCCAGGAUGAAACUACACUACCUAAUGGUCAGAAGUUUGACCUGCUCUCCCUGGCCUUGCUAGGAACCACUCAAUUUGCUGAUCGUUUCCAUACUGUUCUCAAUAAACUAGUAGAUCUCAAGUUGGACAUCCCAGAAUAUGUCUGCGUCAAAUUUGUGAUUCUUCUGAAUCCAGAGGUUCGGUUGCUAAGUGAUCGUCGGUCGGUGGUAACUGCCCAUGAACAAGUACGACAGGUGCUGAUGGAAUACACUGCCGGCAUGUACCCAGAGGAAACGGAGAAAUAUCAGAAGAUAUUGGACCUACUGCCAGAACUGCACUAUAUUGCUGAUAAUGGUGAGAAAUUCUUGUACUACAAGCACAUAAAUGGCGCUGCACCUACGCAGACCCUUCUAAUGGAGAUGCUACACCAAAAGAAAAUAGAGAAAGUGUCAUCUUUCUGCUUUCAACCGUCCAGUGCGCCACAUGUGUAUAUGAAGGGUGGACACGAAAGUUUUAGUCACCACACCAGGCCGGAAGGAGGGUCUCCACCAUGACCAACACAUACACAACCAUCCCGGGUCAAUCACCAUGGGAUUCUCAGCUGUGUUUCCACCGAGCGAGUGAUUUAACUACUGCAACGCAUGGAAGGAGCCCCUAUGACACUGCCCAUCCCAUUUAAGCCAGCUCCGGGUCAGCUCUGCUGGUUGUCUCUCAGUAGUUAUGAGUUAAAGAAAUAAAUUAAAAUAUUUUGAUAUUCCAUAAGAAAAGAACCAAAAUUGACAUUCAUCUGUAAACUCAAAAUUACUGACUCUGUCAACUCAAAAGAGAUCUACUCCGACCCAACACCACUCUGCGGUCACAAGCAUCCGUCUGGUGAAGUGCUGUGCUAGUCAUACCCUCUGAGGGGCAGUAAAUGUCAUUCCCGAGCCUGAGAUAUAAACAUUAAUCUAUGGUGCUAAGCCUUCCUGGGGAUACCAUAAGUACAGACAGCCAAAGGAACUCAUGUGAGACAGGCGGCUAAUGGUGAGUGCUAAGUGGUCCCCUGUUAAUUGUUACCAGAAGCACCAUGGUGCAAUCAGGACUAAUAUAAGGAAGAUGAGGCUCCAAGUGUUGAUCAGUCAGUGGUGCGCUACUCUCACUGAACGAUAUUAUCCCUUACACAUCCUCUGUUUCUGUGGCGCAUCAUACCUCAUUUCUCACUUUUCUUAUGGUGGCGGUCUCCUCACUCACUUUGGUACAAAGCUCUCACUUGUGAAUAUGUUUCACCACUUAUAUAUCUAUUUAUUUCUGAAUAUAAUUGUAAAACCUGGGCAUAUGUCCAAUCAGCUGUUUGCCCAGAUACAUAAAUAUUAACUUCAUACAUUAAUGCAUAACACAUAUAGAGUGUAGGUGUUGUGAACUAGUUUUUGAUACUGUUGUUUUGUACAAGAGAUUAUAAAGUAGCAGAGUAAUGUAUUCUUGCAUGAGCAAUCAUCUUUACCCAGAUAUUGCUGCCACUUGUCCAGGAAAUGUGUUCCGUGCGAGGUAGGCAGGCUGACUGCUCUCCUUGUUUAUGUCUAUCACUUAGAUGAUAAUGAUAAUUUGUAGUUUGUUGAUUAUCAAGCAGAAGCAUAAAUUUCUAGUGCCUCAACUAGGUUAACCUAGCAUGUACAAAACACAGACAUUUUGGAAGUUGUGGCACAUGAACUAGCACAUGCAGGAGGCAUAUGGGUCUUUUACCAUUGGUUUUUACUAUAUUUAUCAUAUGACCAAAUUGUUUUAAUCAUACAUCAUUUUUAUCGCUUUUAAGGCAUUAUCAGGCAUUUAUUUUUUAUUGAAGUUUUCUUUUGCAAAGAAACUGUGCCUGUGCCAUAUGCCUGCUGAUGGAGCAUAAGUCUUAUGAGGAAAGUUACUGUUAAAAUGUGUCAGGAAAUCUUCUUUAUUUACUUGAGUUCCAGUUCUGAAUUAACUAUUGUAUAUGUUGUGUAAAAGUAUAUACCUGGCAAUGAGAAGCAAUAGGUCUUUUUUCUUCUUCUUUUAGUUUUAAAUAAAUCUAUUUUAGUUUAAGCGUUGAAUUAAGAUUUGGAACAUUCCAAUUCAAGGGAUUCACGGGCAUUCUUCACUUUGGUUAUGCAUUACUGUACCUUGGUGGUCUUUUGGCAUAAUCACUGACAUCAUCCAUCAUAAUAAUCAUCACUGUUGCUGCUCCACAUUCCGCAUAGCUAAUUAUCAUUAUUGCUGCUAAAACAUUGCAUUUCUGUCUUUGUCUUUCUGGUCUUUUUUUAGAUUUUUAAUUCACCUCUGUAUAGUUUCCUUUGUAGAUGUGUAAUAUUUUUCUUCUGUUCUCUUCAUUUUAUUGCUACUCAUUGCAAGUCUUGAAAUUUUGACAUAGAUUUAUAACUUUUUCUGUAUUAAUGAAGAAAGCAUUAAUCUGACUAUAAUGUACAUGUUACAGACAGCAGGUAACAGUAUCCCUGCCACUUUUAACAUUAAUGCUGUAUUUCCUAUCUUUCGCCUACUUACAAUGUGCACAUCUUUCAUUAAUUGUUAUUAUUAUCAUCAUUAUUUUAAAUCUGAUUAUGGUACGUUUUCCAAAAAUCUAUACCAGUGAAAAUUGGAGGUGAUCUUAGCCUUUAACAAAAAUAAAAUUAUUUUUGUACCAUUUGAAAUCUAUUGCCAUUAAAUCAACUAUAAACAUUAUUAUAUAUAUAUAUAUAUAUAUAUAUAAAAUCACAGAUUGACUUAGAUCUAUCAGGAUAUGGUGUACAGCUGUUGAAUUCUAAGAGAGAUUUAUUUUUGGAACCAAUAUUUUCAGCACAAGUAUGGUGUUGGGAUGAAUCUAAGUCACCCUGUGCUCAUUUUCUCAUUAUAAGUGAGGUUAAGGAAUCUGAACAUUUAAUAUUACCUCUGGGGAUCUUUUAAAUGUGUUGUGAAUAGAAAAUAAUCCUAACAGGGAUAAUUGAUUGUUCAGAAUCCUUGAUCUCUUCAUAUUUUUUACUCUUCCACUCUUCAAGAUACUAUGUUCACUGCAGAGAUGUUUAAUGCCCAUUUCUUUCACGACUUGAUUUUAGGAAAAAUGAAUUUAGUUUACUUUUUUCUAAUGGCAUUGAAUUACUUGACUGUUAAACACUGAAAAAUUGUACAUAUUUCUCUCAUGUCUUGUAAAGAAAUACACAAGUGUUCUUUGUAAAAACUGUACUCUAAGAAUAUAUUUCUAUCUCCAUAUGAUGAUUCUCACAAGUGUUUUUCCUAUGAUGGAAGCCGUAGAAAUGCUUUUUAACUUUUCUUAAUUAUUUCACACCAGUGCCUAUUGAUAACUUUUUCUGUUAAGAGAGAAUCAUCACUUGAAGAUUAAGUUUUAUAUGAAACAAACCCAAAACAGGAGUAGCCCUGGGAUUGUAGGUUCUCUAUUAGAUUCUAUAAUUAAUGCUAAUAAUUGAGAUGGGAUUAAUAAAGUGUUUUAUUUAGA